AUGUCAGCCACAGGCAACCUUGGAUCGACCGAGACGUCCUCCUUCCUAUCGAAUCAACCACGCAUAUCAUCCACGCCGAUUAACGACGAGGAGGAGACCCAUCAAGUUUUCAAAAUCCAGGAAUACUUCUACGAACAUGACCUCGAGAAUCUUCUGACUGAGCUCAUGGUUGAGCUCGGCAGUCGAAUGCCCGAAGACCCCACCCUCUUCAUGUGCACCUACAUACGAGAGUGGUUCAAUUGUGUCGGAAGCACCACUAUCAAGCGCCACGCUGCUCGAAGAGCUUCCACUGGCAGCCUCUCUUGCACACCAGAGAGGACCAAGGGAGGUCAGAAGGCGUCUAGUCCCAACCUGAGCUCCCUCGCUCACGACUUAUCCAAUGCCGCUCUCAAGAACAUGGUCAUGGCUAGAGUCACCAUGCAGUUGGAGAAGGAACCUUCAUCGAUCAACAGCUUCGUCAUGGAGUGGAUGGAGGAGCAUCCUACCAAAGUGCCCAGAAGGCCUAGUUUGGCACAAAGCAAUGCGGCCUCUGCUCGUAGCCGAGUCAGCACUGAAGAUGGCAACUCCAGCAUGAAGGGUAUCUUUUCACAAACCUCCUUUGCGCACAACGAAGGUUUUCCAUAUUCCACUGAGCUCUGUACCAAGUCUUUGGAAGAGCUCACGUCAUGGGAGAUGGACCGGUUGAGUCUUUCUGAGGAGGAGCUUGCGAAGAACGCUUUCAAUUUGUUCCACGUAUGGGGUUGUUUCAACGAGGUCUUGUCUGGAGAAGACGUCAUAGAGUUCUCGAAAAUGCAAAGUUUUCUGUUGUCUGUCGUUGCAAAUUAUAACUCUGCUAUUCCCUACCAUAAUUUCAAACAUGCGUACUCCGUUUUGGCCGCGGUAGGUCGGAUACUGCGGAUCUCGGGCGCCGACGUCUUCUGCUCUCCUGUGGACGAGAUAGCCCUUCUCGUGGGGGCUCUCACUCAUGACCUAGGCCAUCAAGGCUUCAAUAACGACUACUACGUCAAAAGGCGACACCCUUUGGCAAUUCGGUACAACGAUAUCGCUGUUUUAGAAAAUAUGCAUUCUGCGAAGACUUUUGAGCUCCUACUAGAACACAACAACAACUUCCUCAGCGAAUGGACUGAUGAGCAAUAUAUGGAGUUUCGGAAAACGACUAUCAACGCCAUCCUGGCCACAGACAUGAAAGUUCACUUCGACCUGACUACGAAGUUGCAGGAGCUCGGUGCCUCCCUGGGGGAGAUCGAUUACGAAUCUCCUGAGAAUCGAAUAUUGGUUCAUAAGUGCGUCGUGCAUGCCGCUGAUAUCAGCAAUCCUGUAUUGCCCACCGAUUUGUAUAAAAACUGGUCCUAUAGAGUGAUGAAGGAGUUCCAUCACCAGGCAGAGGCGGAGAAGCUGCAGGGGCUUUCCUUCGCUCCCUUCAUGGAGCACCACCCUGACGACGAGCUCGAGUUCGCCAAGCUACAACUGGGCUUCAUCACUUUUGUAGCGGCUCCGUUGUGGAAUGCAAUGGCCGCAAUAUGGGAGGAUCUAGGACCUAGAAGGGACCAGAUGAUUCGAAACGAGGCCUACUUUAAGGAGUUGAAGGAAGCCGCUGAGAAGCAGCAGCAGCAGUUGACGUCGUCCGAGGCUUGA